AUGGCUCACGUAGUGGCUUGCCGCUUUUUGCGUCUCGGCUGCAGCGAGGAAGACCACCCGCUCUUCCGCCGGGAAUAUGCUAGAAACAACCGGGAGCGAGGCGUCAAGCUGUUGCGAUGCUUCCCACACUGCUGUCCAGAGCACGCUAGACGCAGCUAUUGCGGCUGCUCCGUGCACGUACUCGUCACUUUUUCGGGGGAUGCGAGGACUAUUCCAUUAGAUAAAAUCGUGGUCUGUGCGCGCUUUGAACCUACUCGCGUGGUCCCGCUCUGGCCCGCUGGAUUAGUCGAUUUAGCUCGCACUGUGGGUGCUACAGGAGACAGACAGGAAAACAAGUGUAAGUUGGAUAUUGGGGAAAGAGUGGUGCUGCCUGAGAGUUUAUUUGGGUCAGCCGCCAGAACUUCUUCUGAUGGUGGUGAGUGGAUACUUGCUGAAAGGGAAAGCGACACGAAUCAACAGACAGUUCCCCAGAACUCCGUGCUGUAUGUUCUCAAUAACCGCGUAUCGCCCAAGUGGUUUUACAGUUACGACAGCAGCGUCACGCGCACUCAGCGGGAGAUGACGCAUCACCUGGUUGCAUAUAUAUUCCAAGCCCUUCCUGGCCGUCUUCCUAUGGCGCAGCAGAUUAACCAACAAACUCCCAACGUCGUAGUGCUCGCAAGACACGCGUCACCCGGUUUCUUCCUAGUGUCGUACCGGCGAUCAGGCGGUUCGUCUGGAAAUCCUGGUUGUCCGUUGCCUGCGAUCGAAACGCCCGCCGAUAACAUGGAAGUAGCGUCAUCACAAAUUCUAUCGGCAUCGUGGAAAGUCCAAGAACAUCAACAACAACAUCUACAACAGCAACAAUGGUUACAACAGCAGCGCUUUCAACAACGACUGCGGAUUGAGCAGGAGGCCAGACAAAAGCAGCAAAUUCGUCUCCCGUACCCCUCUAUUCAAGGUGUUCCUUCUGCUUCUGCUCCGUUUGACCGGGACCUCAGCAUGCAGACGAUUCGAGACAAGGACGGAAGUGACAACCAGACUCAUGCAGCCGAUCUCACUACCCCCAGCGAAGUUGCGGACGUCAUGGACUUGUGGCAACAGGAAGUUGAGGCGACUGCUCCUGGUUUUCUGGAGAAGGGACAGCAAUUAUUUAUUCUCUGGUAUUUCGUUGAGAACGUUUCAGUGGACGAUUUGGGCGUUAAUUGGGGAUCAUUUGAAGCGCAUGUGCGGUCACAUUGGUUACGGACAGCAGCUGCAUUGCACGCGCCAUCACUUGUGUCGAAUGAUCAACUUGAGGGCGUAAUAGUCUCUUUUUUGAGAAAGAUUUUGGAUAUUACACCGAGCCAAAGUCACGCGAACAAUGAGCAUACUACGAUUCGAUUGUGUGGGUAUCUGUUUAUACGCGCAUUGUGGUCCCGCGCAGCGCAGCAGCAUCUUAGUGUCGCCUGUCAAGUUGAAGAUGGUGGAAUGAACAAGCGUGAGAAAUUCGCGACAGCAAUUGUAGAUCUGUGGGGUAUUCUGAAUGACAUCCUGCGGGAAGUGAUGGGGGAAAAUACCGGUGGUGAAUCGCGUCCUCUUGAGACUGCCACUCUGCCUGUGCUUGUGGACGAUGUAAUGUCAAUUGCGUACAAGCAGACUCGUUUUAGAGAGGCUCGAGCGAAGAUUUCGACGCUAUUACUCGAACUUCAGACACCGAACUCUCUAACUGGUGCUGUAAACCGUGCAUUUCGAGCGUUUACGGUACAAUUCCAAGACACCAUAACCGUGUCUGAGCGAGACUUUCAAAGCCUCAGGAACAGUCAGUGGUGUCGUCGUUGGCUGUUAGAACCUGGUUCGUUUCAAGUGGCACAUGUGGAAUCAGGUGCAAGGUAUUCGAGUCCUCUGCUUAGUAUGGCGCUGUUGAUCCGUGAGUUUGGCUGUAUUGACGUUAAAAUGACUCAAGAUGCAGUACGCUCAAUGUCAUUGAGAGCAGCGAUUACACUCAGCUCCGGUAUGACGACUUCGCAUAUGAAGCUGGUGUUGGAUGGGCGGAUUCGCGUCUUCCGAGCGCUACCGAGCGGGAUUUCAUCGAGAAUAGCAGGCGGAGGGGUUACUGUCGGCGAUUACUCGGCCACCUUCUCUCAAGACGGACAAUCCAUCGAUUUGCACUUUUUCACUUUCGACGAGCGUGGUAAUAUGAGCUCUGAAGAAGCUGUUGCGUUAAAUACGGCGUUGGUACAUCGGAUUAGCCUCUCGUUGGCAUUGGAUCAAGAAGCAGACGCCGCGAGAGGUGGGGCGCAGUCUAGAGACCUUUUCAUCAUCAUCCACGGAACUGUAUGUAGAUCAAGGUACAGCAGUUCAAGGGAAGGAACUCGUGCUUCUGGCUUGAAGAUCUCGGACAUGUCGAGCUGCGAUCGAGCGAUGCUGUGGAAUCAGGUAGACUGGACACCAUUACUCCAAAUUCAGGCGGGCUAUGUCGCUCUUUGAACGUAGCGGUUUUACACUUUGCAUUUUUUGCAACGAUUUUGGC